CACCAAUCAACGGAAAGAGCCGAAGAUUUUGUCUCGGUCAUGUCAUCAGCUGUGUCCAAUCACAGCUGAUUUCAUCAGAGCACUGAUGAUCAGUGUAGCCCCAGCAGUGCCAGCUGUCAGUGUCCAUCAAUGCCAGCUGUCAGUGCUCAUCAGUGCCACCUGCCAGUGCCCAUCAGUGCCACAUGUCAGUGCCUACCAGUGCACAUCAAUUCCACAUAUCAGUGCUCAUCUUAGCUGCCUUUCAGUGUCCCCUAUCAGUGCCAGUCAGUGCCACCAAUCAUAGCCAGUCAGUGCCACCAAUCAGUGCCACCUAUCAGUGCCAGUCAGUGCACGCCU